AUGAGCAGCAGUUCACCCGUCGCUGACAGGAUGCUGACCCGCGCGAAGGUGAGGAGACGGGGAAACGACCCCACGGGUGGUUGGGGCGCUGUCUCGUCCUUUGUCACCAUAUGAAGAGCACAUCCACGGGACCAUUUCAUGCCUGCCUGUAGCCAUAUCGAGGCUGCCUGCAUGACCUCAUUGUCGCUUUAUUCUCUGUGUGUGUGUGCCGAUUAUUGGUGCAGGCCGCCGCCAAGGAAAUGGAGAGAGGCCCAGGAGGCCUCACUUGCUGCAGCGGCCGCAUCCACCGGGGCCAUCCGCCUCGAUGACCUCCACCCCUUCGGCAGUGGCAAAGACGACGAACGCCUCAACAAGGCCGCUCCGAGGCGACACAAAAAGAAGACCUCCGCCCUCAAGAAAGACCAAAGGGAUGGGAAGACGGAGGCUGACCACCACAGAAGACCUCCGCCCUCAAGGAGGGGCCGGGCGAGGGGCAAGGGGAGUCGACAGAUGGGGGAUGUUCAGAUGGCCGAUGGGGAGGGCAAGGAUGUCGAGAUGAUGGCUGAGGAAGAGAACGGCAUGCUGUCAACGAAGGCCAAGAUGCCUACCCGCCAAGCCGCCGUCCAGCCGCGUCGGCCUGCCAAGGCCGAGGUGGAGGAGGCUGACAUCCACGAGGCCGCCCUCAUCUACCGUGACGAGGACGAGGAGCCCCUUCACAAGAGAAAGAAGAACAAAAAGUCCGUCGCCCGCGCCGCCAGCCGUGAUGCGUACGGAGACGUGGACAUGGACGUCGGGAAGGGGAUGGCCACGACGCACAGCCCGGGCGAGCGCAGACGCACUGAGGUGGCCGCCAAGGUACGUCCACCCAGCCCCCUUCCCACCCACACGCAACACACCUACCUGUGUGUAUGUCUGCAGGUGCCUUGGUUUCUGGAGAUGAGUGACGACGAGACGGCAGCGGCACUGCAGCUGGUGGACGAGGGACACGAGAAGGGCGAGAGCCUCACAGUGGCCAAAGUCAGCGGAGCUCUUGUUCUCGGGUACGCCACGCCACGUGUGUGGUGCCAGCAGUCAUGUGAGAAAUGUGACAUACAUGGCUGGAUGGGAUAUCACAUCUCGUGUCGUGUCUGCCUAUAGAUGCGACAUAGUGUGUUUGGAGGAUCUCGCGUGGCUCAAUGACGAGAUCGUCGACAUCGUAUUCGCCCUCGCCGAGAUGUGGCUCAGGGCACAGGCCGCCGAAGGCAAAGGGUACGCUCCCCCCACCCCCACCCCCACCCCCACCCCCACCUACGCACACACAACACAUUACACCCUUCAUCCACGCGCUGCUUUGCUGUGUGUGUGUGUGUGUUGCCUCCAUCCAUGCCAUGGAUGGCUUGGCUUGGCCAGUGUUCCGAAGGUGUGGAUCCCGAACUCGUUCUUCUGGCAGUUUCUGUCCAACCCCAGAGCGACAGGCUUCAACUACGACUACCAGAAGGUCCGCCGCUCGUCGACCAAAAGAAGGUAUGUGGGUGUGCUUGCUGAACGUGUGUACGUGUAUCUGGGUGUUUCUGUACAAGUGUGGUCAGGCCGUCACCCUUGUCUGUACGUACCGGACACACAUGCUGAAGUCGCAACCUAAUUAUUACAUGCUCGCCUUAAGCCUGACCACAUACCGUAGACAGACCUAAGGCCGCACAUUCCAUGCUCCCUCCCCUCCACACACGCACCAUGCACUCCACUCCCCACUCUGACUGACAGACAGACGGCCAGACGGACAGGCGGACACACAGACACACCGCCACACAUACUCAUCCGCCAGGCACCAACCACCACCGCACCACCUGAUUGAUCAACACGCAGCAUGCAUAUUCUCUGUUGGGUGUGUGGAUGUGUUGUUGACACGAAUGCAAUCGAUGUCAGGUCAAUGUGUUUGAGUUGGACUACCUGCUGGUGCCCAUCAACGAGGGCUACGCCACCACGGGGGCCGGCUACCAGGGCACUCACUGGGCACUCGGCGUGGUCGACGUCAAGUACUUACCUCACAUACACACAGCACACACGAAUGCCAUCCACUCUGUAGGGCCAAGCGCAUCCGUGUGCUGGACUCGCUGGGUGGCGGGGGCACCAACUGGCGCAAAAAGGAAAACUCCAAGUGAGAAAACGAAAGACGGAGGGAGGGAGGAAGGGAGGGAGGGAGGGAGAGGCAUGACAGACGAACAUACAGGUCGCACACCCAUGUGUGUGUCUCCAUGUGUGUGUCUAUGUGUGUGCGCGUAGACCAACUUGCCGCAGCAGACCAAUGGGUAUGACUGCGGCGUCUUCGUGUUGCUCUACGGAAUCUCAAUCAUCUGCAACUCGUAGGACUCACAGACUGAUACCCACCCAGUCACCCACACGCUAAUCGACCCACGGCUAAUCGACCCACGGCGUGUUGUCUGUCCGUUGGUUGAUGUGUGUAGGAGUUUCAGCGACAUCGACGCUCACCGGUGCGCCGCCUACGCGCCCCGCCUGACGGGCGACCACACCACCGACCAGAACAACCUCAUCUCUAUCGUACGGCAGAAACUGGUGCGUGCGGACGGACGCACCCACGGCAUGUCACGACAGACACAGUCUUCAUGUCUCUGUUUAUGUGUGUGUGCAGAUAGUGAGCAUCAGGGACCAGUCUCUGCCACUCGAGUGGGGCAGCCAACGGGGACAGCCGCAGGGGCAGAGUGCCAGUGCGCAGCCGAUGGACACUGCGGCGAAGGCCACCAGGUCCGACAGAGGCACGCAGACACACACACACACACAUCCAUCCAUCCAUGCAAUGGUGUCAACUUAUUGUGGUGUGUCUCCCCCCCUCCACUUGCGUGCAGCCCGGAACCGUCACCCGGCCUCCGGUCCCGGACAGCGUGCUACUCGUGCCUCCCAGGAUGA